GCCACCAGAUUGCGGCGAAUGUUAUGCAGAUCUUGCCAAAGGCUUAGCGGGAUUGCUUUUGACUCCAGCCACGUUCAUCAUCAUAGAACCAUUGACGACAGGAUCAACAACUAGCAGCAUUACGGCCUGCUACCCGUGCGACCUCUUGGUGGUCGAAUCAGCUUCGUCCUGUUGCUCGUGUGAGCCAGAAUCUUCCCGUUGGCGCGAAAGUCGUUAUACUCGACGUCUCCCGCACCGUUGAAACCGUUUGCAGCAAUUGCGAACGUCUCUGGGAAUCAUCAUCAACGGCGCAGGGUAGACUGCAUGGUUGAUGCCAAUGAGUGCAGGGGAUAGAGGCUCUGACUCGGGCCCAGCCAACCAGAGCAGCAAUCGUCACCAACCACUUCUCAUUGUCAACGAGCAAGGUCGACAUACUGAAGAAUCUCGACGCAUCGUACGUGCACAAGCAGCACGCGCCAGUGCGGCGCAAAGCAGGCUCACUCGAGCUCGCAACAGAGGCGAGAGGGAGACGACGGCUCGCGAUGACUCGCAUGUAACUCCUGCGGCUCCUCCAUCUUCACAGCCGGCCGCUGCAGCACAAGAUCAACCCGCGGCUAUCGGAACCUAUGCGGCGCUUGAAACGCCACCCCUAGCGCUGUGGCUGCCAUCGAUAGUCGGUGGUGCUACUGGUGCCAUUGCUCAGCAAGCGGUUGGAGCUGUGCAGACCUUCACGCCACAGCCUCCUCAACCUCAACAGCUCUUCUCUGCCGGAUCGUUCGGAUUCCGGAGUCCUGGCGCUGGUGAAGGACCUCAGUCUCCUUCUGAAGCAGGCAAAGUCCACUUGCCUCUUGCCUUACCCAGAGGCUUCGCAGCACUUCAGCAACGCAUAACGGUAUCUGACGCUCUCUUAGGACUGCUCAGCCGGACGGCUUGCAUAGACUUUGCGAGUCCUGGGGUGGAGCAACGUCUCCAUCAAUUGCUUUUCGAUCUUAUUGCCAACAUAGCCGGCUCAGCACUGGCCCUGCAGCCAUGCCAUCCGAUACAAGCGCAUCUGAGAGUCGCGUGCACCUGUCUUACCAUCUUCCAAGGCCAACGAGCGAAUGGACAGGUCUUCGCGCAAGACCGGAAGUAUCAGUAUGGGCUGGAGGCAGCGUGGUCCGAAGCGAUACUGCUCGAUCAACGAGCCCUUUCCGAGCCUAAGGCUGCUGAAGCCUCUUUGUGGGCCGUGUUCAUGAUCACUGUGACCACAGGCUCUACCGCAACAUUCUUCCAUCAACAGCUCUUCAAUCUACUCCAGGACCUACAGCUGCAAUACUGGGAGCAGGUGCGCAAGGUUUUGCUAGACUUUAUCUACCCUGUGAGCUUCCUGGAUGAGCCAUGCAAGGUGUUCUACGACAGUCUGAGACAGGCAGCGGUUGCAGCGGGUUGAGCUUUGAGCGUAAAGUGGGAGGAUUCACUCCUGCCGGAUUCAGCAAGGCUCACCAGAAACCGGGCUGCCGACGCUUGCGGACGAGGUCUCCUCCAUGACCAAUGCAACUUUGGUUACCUGUUUCGACGCACAUCUUCCAGCAAUGCCGCACCGUUGCCGAAGC